CCCACCCCGUGACCCAUGGCCCCACGACUCCCACCGAGCAGAGUUCAUGAUGGCCAGAGAGACAGCCGGUGCUAUACUUCAGGGGUUUUGAGAGAGAUGCUUGAAGUGGUAUGGACAUUUCUUCUCCUAGCACAGAUAGUGAAAGGAGGUGAUGUCUGUUAUCCAAAUCAUGGUUGUUAUACAGACAGUCCCCCAUGGGGCGGAACUCAAGAGAGGCCUAUUUCUACAUUACCUUGGUCACCCGAAAAAAUCAAUACUCGCUUCUUUUUGUAUACUAGAGAAAAUACAAGUAUCUUCCAAGAAGUCAAAAUAUCCACAAUCUCAGCAUCCAAUUUUAAUACCAGCAGGAAAACUCACUUCAUUAUACACGGAUACUUAGAAAAGGGGGAUUAUAUAUGGAUGGAAAAAAUGUGCCAGACAAUGCUUCAAGUGGAAGACGUAAACUGCUUCUCUGUUGACUGGAGUGGAGGAUCUCGUACUUUGUACUCACAAGCAACAGCCAAUAUCCAAGUUGUUGGAGCAGAGGUGGCCAAUUUUAUUAACACUCUUCAAAGCAAUUUUAGCCACCCUCUAUCAAUGGUAAACUUGAUUGGUCACAGCCUGGGAGCGCAUGCAGCUGGUGAGGCUGGAAGGAGAAACCCUGGAAUUGGUAAAAUAAGCGGUUUGGAUCCAGCUGGACCAUUAUUUGAAGGAACACCCACUGAAGUCAGACUUGAUUUAACCGAUGCUGUUUUGGUGCAAGUGAUUCACACAAAUGCAGCUGAAUUUCUUCCUUAUUUUGGUUUAGGAAUAAAACAGCCAAUUGGACAUCUCGAUUUCUAUCCGAAUGGGGGGGAAUUUAUGCCAGGAUGUCCAAAAAUCAUAAUCAACUUAAGUCUAGACAUUGACAAAGUUUUUGAAGGACUUGCGGAAACUGCUGGAUGCCAUCAUGCACGAAGCAGAGGAUACUAUACCGAUAGUAUUCUACAUCCUGAUGGAUACAUUGGUUUCCCCAGCCCUUCCUACAGUGAAUUUCAGAAAGGCACUGCUUUUCCAUGCCCCACUGGUGGUUGCCCAGUCAUGGGGCACUACGCUAAUAACUAUGCUGGGAACAUAUCAAACAGCCAAACUUUUUACUUGAAUACUGGAAAUACAGAAAGCUAUGCACGAUUCUUGGAUGAGGGAGCUGAGGUAACUGUAGUGGAUUUCCUUGUUCUCCUGGUUUCAGAAGAUUCGAAUGUUUCUGCUGGUGUGCUGGCCACAGAUGAUAGGCUGGAGGCAGUGUCCUGCUGUGGACUUAUCAUACCUGGCAGCACAUACACGGCUUUCAUUGAUGCAGAAACAAAUCUUGGGACUGUCAAGCAUGUGAUAUUUGGCUGGUACAGCAACCUCAUUAAUUUUUUUUCCACAACUUUAUUGGGGGCUAAAUCUGUGACAGUACAAUAUGGAAAAGAUGGUACAACGAGUACAUUCUGUGGAGGGUUAACAACAGAAAAAAGCAUUCAGCAGAGUAUUGGUAGUUGCUAAUAUUUUGCCAACUAAACAAACAUUUUGCUGACUUAAUAAAACUUUUUUAAAAACAAG